AUGACCAAGAAGUACGCCAAAGAUCAACCCACGGGAUUCUCCAACUGUAUUGAGAAGGUAGCAGUUGUCGGGGCCAGCGGCCAAAUAGGCAAGCAUGUGACAGAGCAGCUACUUAAGGCCGGAAAGCAUAUUGUGACUGCCAUUGCACGAUCCACUAGUACUUACAAGCUCCCUGAAGUCGUCCAGGUUACACAUGUUGAUUACAGCGACAGCACGACAUUAGUGGAGGCGCUCCGUGACCAACAGGUUCUUUCAAUGAGUCGUUGUUCGCUUCCUUGCAUGAGCUAG